UCCUUUCUGUUGUCGCUCUCAACUCAGAGGGCGGGCAAUGGGGCAAGAGCCAAUCAGUGAUGAGGGUCGGGCUGUAUGAACUGUCCAAUCAGGUGGCCCGGGAGGUGGGCCCUCUUGCCUGGCUCCACAGCUCAGUUCUUGGGCGCAGUGGUGAGAGCCGCCCCAGCGGGGCAGGCCGUCCUGUGUUAGGAUUUCUACUGGCUGCAGGCUGCGUGGGAUGCUACCCGGGAGACCCUCCAGCGACAAUGAAGGCAGUGACCUUUGAGGAUGUGGCUGUGAACUUCACCAAGGACGAGUGGGCUUUGUUGAAUCCAUCCCAGAAGAAGCUCCACAGAGAUGUGAUGUGGGAAAACUUUACAAAUGUGACUGCCAUAGGAAGAAACUGGAAAGACCAGCAGGUUGAAGAUGAGUACAAAAAUUUGAGGAAAAAUAUAAGAAGUGCAGAUGUAGAUAAAUGCCCUCAAUAUAAAUUAUGGUAUCAACAUGGAAAAAAGGUUUUUAUGAUUCCUGAUACAAAUGUGCACAUGAAACUUCUUAGUAUAAAAGCAGGUGAAAGCCUUGCGUGUGAAAAGCUUCUGAUUGGUCAUUCAUCGCCAACCAUGCCCAUCAUACAUAACACAGGACUCAAAUCACAUGAGCUCCAUGGAUUUGAACAGAAGGUGUCUAACUCUAACAGACAUGAGAAAACUUCCACUGACUUUCAGUCCUUUCAGAAACAUACAAAGACAAAUCCUGAAGAAAAACCCUAUGGAUUUAAGCAAUAUGGAAAAUCCUACCCUGAUUGUAUUGAAGAAAAUAAUGCUGAAGAGAAAUCCUUUGAAUAUAAGCAAGAUGUGAGGUCCUUCAGUAUACCCAACUAUGUUCAAAUCCAGGAAAGAAAUCACAGUAGUAUGAAUACCCAUAUAUACAUACAAAGUGGAAAAGGUUUGAAUUCUCACUGUGAUAUUAAGAAACAUGAAAGAGCUCACACUGGUUCAAAAAUCCCUGUGUAUAAACACUGCUGGGAAUCUUUAAAUAACAAUACAUUUGGUGAUCAUGAAAGAACUCACAUUGAGGGAAAACCCUAUGUAUGUAAGCAAUGUGGGAAAGCUUUUAACAAACAGAGUCGUUGUCAAAGACAUGAACGAACUCACACCGGGGAGAAGCCCUAUGUAUGUAAGCAAUGUGGGAAAGGUUUCAGCACACACAGUUAUUGUAAAAUACAUGAAAGAGCUCACACUGGGGAGAAACGCUAUGUAUGUAAGCAGUGUGGGAAGAACUUCAUCUCACGCUCUUCUUGUCAAAAACAUGAACAAACUCACAGUGAAAAUAAACAUUAUACAUGUAAGCAAUGUGGAAAAGCUUUCAGCAUGCACAGUAAUUGUCAAACACAUGAAAGGACUCACACUGGGGAGAAACCAUAUAUAUGUAAGCACUGUGGGAAAGCUUUCACCACACACAGUUAUUGUCAAAGACAUGAACGAACUCAUAUGGGGGAAAAACCCUAUGUAUGCAAGCAAUGUGGGAAAGCUUUCAGCACACACAGUUCUCGUCAAAUACAUGAACAAACUCACACUGAGGAGAAGCACUAUAUAUGUAAGCAGUGUGGGAAAGCUUUCAGCACACACCGUUAUUGUCAAAGACAUGAACGAAAUCACACUGGGGAGAAGCCCCAUCUAUGUAAGCAAUGUGGGAAAGCUUUCAGGACACACAGUCAUUGUAAAAUACAUGAAAGGACUCACACUGGGGAGAAACCCUAUGUAUGUAAGCAAUGUGGAAAAACUUUCAGGACACAGAGUCAUCGUAAAACACAUGAAAGGACUCACACUGGGGAGAAACCCUACAUAUGUAAGCAAUGUGGGAGAGCUUUUGCCACACACAGUUCUUGUCAAAAACAUAAAAGCACUCAUACUGGGGAGAAACCAUAUAUGUGUAACCAAUGUGGGAAAGCUUUCAGCAGGCGUAGUGAAUGUAAGGUACAUGAAAGAAUUCACACUGGGGAGAAACCCUAUGUAUGUAAACAAUGUGGGAAAGCUUUUGGGACACAAGGUAAUUGUCAAAAACAUGAAAAGACUCACACUGGGGAGAAGCCAUAUGUAUGCAAGCAGUGUGGGAAAGCUUUUACCAGACAUAGUCAUUGUCAAAAUCAUGAAAGGAUUCACACUGGGGAGAGACCAUAUGUAUGUAAGCAGUGUGGGAAAGCUUUCACCACGCACAAGGAUUGUCAAAGGCAUGAAAGGAACCACAAUGUAAAAACCCUAUGUAUGUAAGUAAUAUGGAAAAGUUUUCAGUUACUCUAGUUGUCAUCAUAGACAUUAAAAAAUUAAGAGGAAAUUAAUUUUGAAUAUAUAAAGUGAUUUGCCCUGAACUGAAAUAACAGUGCAGAGAAGCCCUUUCUUUGUAUGCAGUACAAGAAAGUCUUUCGAUACAUGUGUAUUAUUACAUCCCUGAAAGAAUUCAUAGAACAGAGACUAUGAACAGUGUGGGAAAUGUUUUAUUUUUCUUAAUGCAUUUAAGUUCAUGAGAGAAUGAAAGUUCAUGAGAGGAAAACCACCUAUAAACAGUAAAUAUGGGGAACCUUUCCAUUUUUCCGUAUACCUUGAAAAUCACAAACUGCCACUGAAGAGAAAGCCUAUGUAAAUAAUAUAUGAAGUGCUUUUGUGAUUCUCAUAACUUCAGAAAACAGGCACAGCCAGGGAUUUAAUGCUCAAUGGUGCUGCCUCCUGCCUCACAAGUGCAAGGUCCCAAGUUCGAGCCUCAGUAUCAAAAAAACAACAAAAAGAAGACAUGCACAGACUCAAAAUGAGAUAUAGUGUAAAUACCAAAUGUGACAGAGCUAAGAGAGUGGCAGAGAUAGACAGGUGUGUUAGGGAUGAGGUGCACUGUUCAAAGCACACAUGCAGGGAAUGUCUUCCUCCAGUGUAUUUAUGGAGUAAUGCACUGAUGAGGUUGAAAAGUGCAUAAUGUUAAAUUCAGAAUAACAGAGCACCUUGCCUCCAAGUCGUCAGGGAAUGGCCUUUAAGGGACAUUUUACAUGCAAACCAUCGCCUUAGUUGUAAGGUAAAGUGAAGUCUAUUCACAGUGAAAUUUUAUUGAGUCGUAAAGGAAAUCCUCUAUUUGUGAUAAUGUAGAUCAGCACAUUAUGUGAAAUGUGCUAUCCAUAGACAAAUCUUGAUUGUCUCUUUUUAGCAUCUAAAAUUGACAACUUUCAAGAGGCGGAGAGUGUAGUGACAGCUGCCCUGUGUAUGGGUGGGUAAGUUGAUAGAUAUUAAUGAUAAAGCACAGUGUUUCUCUUUCAGAGUACAAAAGGGCAUAGAUUCUAUAGUUACUACAAUGAUUGAAGCGGUGCCACAUAGCAUUACAAUUUGCUAAAAGUUGUUUCUAGUGAUUUCUCCAUACACCCAAAAGGUUACUGUGUUAGGGGAUGCAAAUGCUACCAAAGAAGAAUGUGAUAUUUUGACAUUCUAAACAGCAGAACAUCACACUAAACAUUCAACAUAUGAUUUUAUAAUUUUUUUAUAUAAUGAAAUGAAUACAAUUAAGUUAGCAAAAGUAACAUGACUGGUUUCAUGAUGCGAAUCCCUUCAAUUUUUACAAAUGUAAUUUAGUUUGUACUGUGUUUCUGAAAAUACUCAGUAGCAGUUAGCCUGAAGGUCAUGGGUUAUUGUUAAACUGAAAGCCUUCAGUGUUUCAGUGCAAUUUAUACUUGGUUCAUUGGAAAUGUAAAAUCGUUUUUUGAGGAUAUAAUUUGGAAACAGUUGACAUUUUCAUGAGUUUAUUUCAUCCUAUUUUAACAAAGUUAUAUAUGUGCUCAGAAAACUACAUUUUAAAAACACUUCUUUGUGUGAUUUAAUUUACUUAACAUUGUUUUCAAGGUGUAUCCAUUUUCCUUCAAAAUGUCUUGAAUUUGUCCUUUACAGCCAAGUAGUAUGCCAUUAUGUACAGAUACCAUAUUUUGUUUAUGCAUCUGUUAAUGUUUAGAUACUAGGAAACAGAGAGAUAGCUCUUGGCAAAGGGAAGGGGUUAGAGGGCCAUGGAUGUGAAGAAGGGGAUGUAAGAUUUAAUGUCAUGUACCAACUAUUGACAAUGAAUGCAAUCUUUGUAUGUCACAAACAUGAACUAAAGAUAAGAAUAAUGAUGAUGAAAUGAGAAAAGGUGAUCUCAAGCCAGAGGGAGGGUGAUGAGUGGAGGGGAAAUCAUCAAAUGUUAAAGACAUAGGCCUGUUCUCUAAGUUGAAUGUGCACAUGUACUUCAAACAUGUAUUAAUUAAAAAAAUAAUACUUAAAUUUUAGAGAUAUUUCUUACUUUUUUCUGCUUCCUAAAGAUUUAUCAGACAAUGUAUUGAAAAUAUGUAAAGAUGCUUUUGGAUCUCUGUUGCAGCCUUCUUUAGUAUUGAAUUCCUUAUAAACAUUUAUUUUUGUCAUAGGCUCUGAUUAAAUGUAUUGACACUGAUUAAGCAGCAGUCCAUUGCGUGCACUUCCACUGGUUACCCAUGGUGGGGAUUAUGUGAUUUUGUGAGAGGGAUGAAGUAGGUAUUCAUGUGCAUGAGGAAGUGUGCAUCUAUCGGGUUGCAUUAGUGGAUGGGAACAUGUAAUUUUUUGCUAUCUGAAUUUGACCAUGGCUGUUGAGUUGCCAUACCAUUCACCCAAAUAUAUAGACCAUGUCUUAGCGCAUGGUAGCACACCUAACCAAAAUAUCAGGAUUGUUUACUUUAUGAAAUAAUUUUUGGGCGGGGGGUUUAGCUCAGUGGU